UCACUCGCCGCUAUACCGCCUGCCACCAUCACAUCGCACCCACACCGACCCGGCACGCCCCUUUUCCCCGUCAGACGCCAGCAAGCUGCUUGCUUUGCUUCGGUUAGCUCGCUGCGCGGCGCCGCUCUCGGCUCUCCCGCGGCCAGGCUGCUCGGAUGGCGGGGCGGCCGGGCUACGUCACGCUGCCGAUAAUCUCGGUGUUCGCCGCGAUCGGGUACGUCUACUACACCGCGGUGUUCCUCGCGAUCCCCGCGUGGCUGGGGCUCGCCACGGCCGCGGGGGUUGCCAACGUCGCGGCCUACACCGCGCUCGCGCUCGCCUGCGUCGCCGCCUACGGCCUCGUCGUCACGCGCGACCCGGGCCGCGUGCCGCCCGCCUUCGUGCCCGACGUAGAGGACGCCGAGACUCCCCUCCAUGAGAUCAAGCGCAAGGGUGGUGAUUUGAGAUACUGCCAGAAGUGUUCUCAUUAUAAACCUCCUCGCGCGCAUCAUUGUCGUGUCUGCAAGAGAUGUAUUCUGAAAAUGGACCACCACUGUAUUUGGAUUAACAAUUGCGUUGGGCAUGAGAAUUACAAAAUUUUCCUCGUAUUUGUGCUGUACGCUGCAACCGCAAGCUUCUAUUCUUUGGCUCUGAUGAUUGGAGGCGCAGUGCAUAGUGUGCCUAAAGAUGAACAAUCAGGAAUUGAUUCUCCAAGAAAAUCGUUAGUUAUUUGUGGUGUCUUUGUGUGUGUAAUGACUUUGGCAUUGUCUAUCCUCUUGGUCUGGCAUGUUUACCUCAUCUUGCAUAAUAAAACUACUAUUGAGUACCAUGAAGGAGUUAGGGCAAUGUGGUUGGCAGAAAAGGCUGGAAAUCUUUACCAUCAUCCAUAUGAUCUCGGUGUGUAUCAUAAUAUUGUUUCGGUCCUAGGCCCCAACAUGCUAUGCUGGUUCUGCCCUGUAUCGAGGAACAUAGGCAACGGCGUUCGUUUCCGCACAUCAUAUGAUAUUCCGCUAUCUACACUACCAUCCAAAGCAGAAAAGCAUCUGGCAAUGUCUUGAGCUCUUGCAUUGAGAGCGUAUAUUGUGGGAUCAAAUCGGUGAAUCAUGCUGCAAGUGUAAGGUACAUAGUGAGGGCUGAGGAGCUUCAAGAGUAUUUCCUCCAGGCCCCAGGGAUGUGUCUGGAGUUAGAGAUCCUAAUCUAGCUAGUUAUUCCAUUAUACUCCCUUCGUCCGGAAAUACUUGUCAUCAAACUAGAUAAAAGGGGGUGUAUCUAGAUCUAUUUUAGUUCUAGAUACAUCUCUUUUUAUCCAUUUUGAUGACAAGUAUUUUCGGACGGAGGGAGUACUUUUUGGCCCGCUUGAUGAGAAGAAUCACUGGAGUGGCCUGGCCUGCCUGUACUCAUACGAAAAAGUCUGAACUGAUGAGUCAAAGACCGCUCUGUUGUAAAGUAAGUGCCUGAAGUGUCGUUUACCUGAAGUCCGUAUAUUGCGUUUUCGUGUCAGAGAGAGUUAGGGACAAAUGUCCAGUUUACUCAAUAUGUAUAGAGCUGUUGUGUUAUA